GAGCUACAGGACUUCCGCAGAGAGUACGACUACGUCAGACGUCUCUCUAUUCAAGCUAGCCCGUUGAAGUUCCUCAUUGCUUCGUCCUCGCACCUCAGUGUGCGUUAACUCGAGUAAAUGAAGACCUUUCUCUUCAGUCAUGAAUAGGACCCAGCUGAAGCGGUCCAGUAUUUUGAGGAUGGCUGGUGUGGAAAUGGUGAACCGAGACGGAAUCGAGGAGACCUUCCUCCUCCGGGCUGCGAGGAUCGCAGCUGUGGUAGCAAUGUACUGGUUCGUCUCCAUAACAAUGGUGUUCCUCAAUAACCACCUUUUGGACAACCACGACCUGGACGCACCGUUAUUUGUGACAUUCUACCAGUGCGUUGUGACUGUGAUGCUCUGCUGGCUGAUGCAGCUGUUGUCUGCCGUGUGCCCGCAACUGGUCGAUUUCCCUUUGGUCAAAUUUGACGUGAAGACGUCCCGCGAAGUUCUGCCCCUGUCGGUGGUCUUUAUCGGCAUGAUAACAUUCAACAACCUGUGCCUGAAACAUGUCGGAGUGGCCUUCUACACUGUGGGACGUUCCCUCAGCACUGUAUUCAAUGUGUUGCUGUCGUAUGUGGUCCUGAGGCAGACCACUUCCUUUAAAGCCAUAUUGUGCUGUGGGAUCAUUCUAGGUGGAUUCUGGCUUGGUGUGGACCAGGAAAGCAUAGCGGGCUCCCUCUCCUGGUCAGGUGUCUUCUUUGGUGUAGUCGCCAGUGCCUGUGUGUCUCUCAAUGCCAUCUUCACAAAGAAAGUGAUGCCUGCAGUGGAUGCAAAUAUAUGGAAACUAUCCUACUAUAACAACAUCAAUGCAUGCAUCCUCUUCCUCCCACUCAUCCUUGUAUUUGGAGAGGUGGGCCGCAUUACCAGGUUCAGCCGCCUCACUGAUCUGUGGUUUUGGGCCAUGAUGACACUUGGAGGGGUGUUUGGGUUUGCCAUCGGUUAUGUCACAGGCUUGCAGAUCAAGUAUACCAGUCCGCUAACUCACAAUGUCUCAGGGACUGCAAAAGCCUGUGCUCAAACUGUUAUUGCAGUGUUGUACAACUCCUCCAGUAAAUCCAUUCUGUGGUGGACCAGUAACAUGUUGGUUCUAGGAGGGUCUUCAGCCUACACGUGGAUCAAGAGCCGAGAAAUGAAGAUGAAACCCUCCGGGCCUCAGGAUUUCGCCAAAGAAAAAUUGAUACUUGGAGAGAAAGCAAACACAGGGGUAUAGUCCCCCCCACCCCCUCAAAAAAAGAAAAGAAAAGAAAAGAAAUCAUAAAUCUGAAAAUUUAAUUCAACAUUUUGUCUGCUCUUUUUGUACCCAUAAUGUGAAAUGCACUUUUGAAGCCAUCUGGGGUUUAAUCACACUGGGUUUAUACUGUAAUUUCAGGUCACUUUGUGUCAUGGUGUAAACUUUUUUGUCUUUAAAUUUAACACUGUUGUGGUUCCUUGACACGUGCGAGCCAAAUUCACUUCAUACUGAGGUUGUUACUUUAUUUAUGCUUUAAAAUAGGCUCACAGCACAAAGCAACAAAAUUGACUGAGCAUCUAUCAAAAAAAAAAACCAACUUCAACGUAGGUGUACUGUACGUAAAAGUACCAAUGUACAGUACAGUAUUUAUUUCGGGGGUUAUGCUACAAUUGCCUUUACAACACUGACUAAUCUAGUUAUGUUCAUGUUCCCGCCUCGGUGUAAAAAUAUUGUAUUUCAUAAACAUGAGUAUCAUUUUCAAAUAACAGUGUUUGUGUUGUUUGUUGAGCACUGACAAUGAAAUCAACAGUCAGCAUAUAAAUGUCUAUUUCAAUUGCCCAUAUUUGUUAGGUUAAUUUUUGUGGGGUCAAAUCUUUUUUGCGCCCCCUAGUGUCCACGGGGAGCGUUUGUUUGUUUUUGUUUUGGUAUAUAUAUUGUAUGAAAGAAUCAAACAAGACGCUGAUGGUGUAGUGGUACACUUGCGGGACCUGUGUGUGGCCAGUGUGGGAUCGGAUCCCAGUCAGUGACAAAAUUAGAGUGAAAGUAAAAGUGUGAAUGGUCGUUUGUCUCUAUAUGUGCCCUGCGACUGACUGGCGACCACUUCAGGGUGUAGUUUGUCUAUCGCCCAAAAAGGCAGCUUCAGCAAAUCCCUGUGACCCUGUUCAGGAUAAACAAAUUACUGUGUGGAAAAUGGAUGGAUGGAUAAAUCAAAUAAAACGUUGAAUCAAA